AUGCGAUCGCAGCUCAGCAGCAUUCACCAGGCAACACUUCAAUCGUCCCACGGUACCUCACCAUCUGGCUCACCAGCGUUACCGGUCGGAUCGUUCAUGACACCACAGAGGCCGCCCCGACGAAGAGCCCAGUCCAUGGGCAAUUCGUCGUACGGUUCGAGUCCGGCACUUUCGUCCCAUACUCCUCGUGGAUCACUUUUUACCGCUAACGAGGAGGAUGCAUGCUACGUACGGAUCAAGGUGCUGGGUGCGAGCGGACUGGCGAAAAAGGACAUCUUCGGCUAUAGCGAUCCGUACGUGAAAAUCGAACAAAACACCAUCACGGGAGACGUCAACGUGGACCACAUGGUGACGAAAACGAAGCGAAGGACGUUGAACCCGGUCUGGAACGAGGAGUUUGUGUUUCGCGUCAAACCAAACGAGCACAAGCUGGUGUUUCAGGUGUUCGAUGAAAAUCGGCUCACCCGGGACGGUUUCAUGGGACUGGUCGAUCUAACGCUGAUCAAUUUGCCGCACGAAUCCGAGGGCCGUACAAUCGCACCGCAGCGAUAUACACUGCGACCCAAACGGCAAUCGAGCUUGCGCAUCAUCACGAAGGUACGCGGUACACUAGAGCUGUACCAUGCCAUAAUGCGCAACGAUGAUCCGGCCAUUGGACGGACACGAUCGGCCUUCAGUGUUAGUAAUCGAUCGUCCGCCACGAGCACACCGCUAGCAGUGCAUCGAAAUACACCGCCCUAUCCACAGCAACAACUUCCACCAAAUCGAUCCCUAGAUCCGUGGACACAACCGUAUGCUCAUCUACCAACGUUACCACAACCAGACCCAUUACCACCGGGUUGGGAAGUUCGGCAGGAUCCUGUAGGCAGAAUGUACUACGUGAAUCAUAUCGCGCGGACUACGCAGUGGGAAAGGCCCAGCAUUGUGGCGGCACAACCGGGACAGAACGAAAUGGUGGCAGCAUUUCAGCGACGCUUUCACAUUAGCAACGAUCCGGACAAUGGUGGCAGCGGUAGCAACAAUACGAGCAUGGCCGACACUGUCAGUAUUACUUCGGAAAAUGGGGAAAAUAGCGGAGCGGCUACCGGUAUUGCUUCACCAAUAUCCCUGCAUCCACCAGCCGACGGUUCCGUAGCCACCCCGGAACGAUCCGGUAAUGUCUUACGCAGUGGCAGCGAUGCUGAAGUUAUGGGCCUUUCACCUUCCGCAUCAAACACUUCUAUCGCUAGCAGUGGUGGAACGAUACGUCCCAUACGUCCGGCACCUCCACCACCACCACCAUCAUCGUCGACUACAUCCUCAGCCUGUGCUAGUCCAGCCGGUACGCCGGUACCGAGCCAAAGGCGCCGUUCGGCCAGCAGCGACAUUGCACCACUCGCAAGCGCAGAGAAUGAAGAGUCUUCCUCCAGUACGGUAGUGUCGGAAAUUCAAAAUAAUACCGUAAAUGCUGCGGCCAAUGGGGGUAGCGCUGACGCUGAAAGCACGUCGUCCAAUGUACGGGAGGAGGCUGUAACGUCUUCCAACAACGUCGGUGAACAAUCACGGUCGGACACAUCGACUACCACUUCCACUGGAGAAGCUCAACCGACAUCUCCGAGCCACCCUGCAUCGGCACCACCAGCUUCGGCAGUAAAUGCGCCUAAUGCUACCGGUUUACCGCCGGGCUGGGCUGUACAGGUAGCAUCGAACGGACGGUUGUUUUUCAUUGAUCACAUUAACAAAACCACCUCCUGGGUUGAUCCUCGCACUGGACUUGCAAGCCCCAUACCGAGUGCUGGCAACGAUAGUGCCACCAAUGCUGGCGGAAAUGGCGCAUCGACGGCCGGUGGAAAUCGUGGUGAUGCACGUUCAUCGGACGAUAAUUUGGGCCCACUGCCGGAAGGCUGGGAAGAGCGCGUACAUAACGAUGGCCGAACGUUCUUCAUCGAUCAUAACACGCGCACAACACAGUGGGACGAUCCACGGCUUUCGAAUCCAAAGAUUGCGGGCCAAGCGGUACCGUAUUCGCGUGACUACAAGCAAAAGUAUGAGUACUUUAAGAGCCAGCUGCAGAAACCGAGCAAUGUGCCAAACAAGAUUGACAUCAAAGUGCGGAGGGCUUCGAUAUUGGAAGAUUCGUACCGGGUGAUAAAUUCCGUUACACGGCUCGACCUACUCAAGACAAAGCUGUGGGUUGAGUUCGAAGGUGAAACGGGGCUGGAUUAUGGUGGGUUGGCGCGUGAAUGGUUCUAUCUGUUGUCGAAGGAGAUGUUCAAUCCGUACUAUGGGUUGUUUGAGUAUUCGGCAAUGGACAACUACACACUGCAGAUCAAUCCGAACAGUGGACUGUGCAACGAAGAGCAUUUGAAUUACUUCAGGUUUAUUGGACGUAUCGCAGGAAUGGCGAUCUAUCACGGCAAGCUGCUAGAUGCUUUCUUUAUACGACCAUUCUACAAGAUGAUGCUGCAAAAGCCUAUCGAUCUGAAGGACAUGGAGGCAGUCGACACGGAGUACUACAAUUCGCUGCUCUACAUCAAAGAGAACGAUCCCAGCUCCCUGAUGCUGACCUUCAGCGUAGACGAGGAAAGCUUUGGCACGACGAACCAACGGGAGCUCAAACCGAACGGUGCCGACCUGGAGGUGAGCAACGAAAACAAGGACGAGUACAUCCGGCUCGUCAUCGAUUGGCGGUUUGAGGCGCGGGUUAAAGAUCAGAUGCAAGCGUUCCUGGAAGGAGUAGGUUCUUUGGUGCCGUUGCAUUUGCUUAAAAUUUUUGACGAGAACGAGCUCGAACUGCUAAUGUGUGGCAUCCAAAGCAUCGAUGUGAACGACUGGAAGAAGAACACCAUGUACAAAGGUGAUUACUAUGCGAACCAUGCGGUCGUGCAGUGGUUCUGGCGAGCGGUACUAUCGUUUAACAAUGAAAUGAGGGCCCGUCUGCUGCAGUUCGUCACCGGUACGUCACGUGUGCCUAUGAACGGGUUUAAGGAGCUGUACGGUUCGAACGGGCCGCAACUGUUUACGAUCGAAAAGUGGGGAACUGUGAACAAUUUUCCUCGUGCUCAUACAUGCUUCAAUCGGUUAGAUUUGCCACCGUACGAAAGCUACGCCCAACUGAAGGAAAAGUUAAUCAGUGCAAUCGAGGGCAGCCAAGGAUUUGCCGGUGUCGAUUGAAACACGUGCCGAAAGCU